ACCGACGAUUCCAUUUCAUCAACAGGCAAACCAGCAUGAUUUGUUUAAUCCCUUAGCUGUCUGCAAACCGAUGUGUCAGUACAAUGGAGCUGAACCGGUCACACCUGCCUAAAAAUACCACGCCGUAUGGCCCUUAUCCCCCUCGAUCACCGCUCACCUGAGACUAGUCUCACAAACGUCAACACACACUAAACGCCAGGCCACAGGCGGAUACAGUGAAUUGAACACAUACUCUCGGAAACGGAUCCCAUGAGCUGUCGACAUGGCGGUCCACAUUCCGGGACUCAUUGCAAUCGUCGUCUUCUACCUUCUGAUUCUGGGGGUGGGCUUAUGGGCAGCCCGGAAGACCGGACUUAAGAAGGGUCAGUCUAGCACUGAAGAGGUCAUGCUGGCAGGGAGGGACAUCGGGAUGUUUGUGGGAUGCUUUACCCUCACAGCUACCUGGGUCGGAGGAGGAUUCAUCAACGGUUCCUCGGAGAUCGUCGUGCUGAGCGGCCUCGUGUGGUGCCAGGCUCCAGUGGGGUAUGGACUCUCCCUCGUAUUUGGAGGGAUUUUCUUUGCCGACAAAAUGAGACGAAGCAAGUACAACACCAUGCUGGAUCCAUUCAACCGGAAGUACGGUGACUUGAUGGGGGCGCUGUUGUAUAUACCCGCCAUGUUGGGAGAGAUGUUUUGGUCAGCGGCCAUAUUGUCUGCCUUAGGGGCAACACUUGCUGUUAUUUUGGACAUUAACACGACUCUCUCCAUCCUCAUCUCAGCAGCUAUAUCGCUGUUGUACACGUUGGUCGGGGGGUUGUAUUCCGUGGCUUACACCGAUGUGGUUCAGCUCAUCUGCAUUUUUAUUGGUCUCUGGGUCAGUGUGCCCUUUGCAAUGAUGAACUCAGCUUCAAAGUCGAUCAUCGUCGACUCAUCGUCGGCUCCAUUGUCGUCGACGUGGUUAGGAGAGGUAGCGACCACCGAUAUAGGGAUCUACAUGGACACCUUCUUACUGCUCAUUUUCGGGGGUAUUCCUUGGCAGGUAUAUUUCCAACGUGUGCUGUCAGCUAGAUCAGUGAAUAUCGCUCGUACCUUGUCCUUUGCGGGCGGGUUUGGAUGCAUGUUUAUGGCUAUACCGGCAGUGUUGAUAGGAGCCAUAGCAUCGAACACAGAUUGGAAUCAAACUGCUUAUGACAAGCAAAUAAAUGGUUCCAUUCCGACGGAUGAAUUGGGGCUAACUCUACCCUUAGUGCUUCGCUAUCUCACCCCUGACGCUGUUACGUUUAUUGGCCUGGGCGCUGUCUCCGCCGCCGUCAUGUCCUCCACCGACUCCUCCCUACUCUCCUCCAGUUCCAUGUUCGCAAGGAACGUCUUCGGCGUUGUCUACACUCGAUGCACCAAGAAGAAGUUUUCCGAUCGUAUGACAAUCUGGGUUAUGCGAUUUACGCAGCUGGUCAUCGCAGGCUGUGCGUGUGCCAUGGCGAUAACAGUGAAAUCGAUUUACUAUCUCUUCUACCUGUGUUCAGACCUCGUGUUCGUCAUCCUCUUUCCUCAACUGGCAUGCGCCGUGUACCUUCACGAUACCAAUUCAUAUGGGUCCCUUCUUGGGUUCAUAAUCGGUCUGAUCUUCCGAUUGUUGGGCGGAGAACCGGGCCUCGGUUUGCCCCCGUCGAUUCACUACCCAUGGUAUGACAAGGAUGCUGGUCAACGCUUCCCCUUCAGAUCUUUGACCAUGAUCAUAACUCUCGUAACGGUAAUACUAGGUUCCUACCUUUUCCACGUACUUUUCAAGAGUGGUUGUCUACCGAUUGAAUUCGACAUCUUUAACAGUUUCACCGACAAGCCAAGGACGGUUCUGACUUCAACCACAGCGCCGAUCGAGGUAGCGAAACUGCCAUCAGACGUUCCCUCUUCGUACCAACCGUACGUCCCCGAUGACCUUCAUGAACGAAAGGUCAAUUUGAGUAAGAGGGGGCACGACAAUCCAGUGUUUCGACAGGAGCCGUACCAGACAGACACGCUGGGCAGUAACGGGACAGUAGACGCUGAGAAACCCCUGAAGACUGUGACCAGGUUAUAGACAACAACGACGUUGUUCAGUAAACUAUGUUAUUACGAACACACGUAUAAUGGACCGACGGAUGUAUGCCUGAUCACUGCUACUUGAUGUAUAUUUUAGUUGAAAUCCAUAUUAUGGACAAUGCUUAUACCACACUAGAAUUUGUGGUCCCUUUGAAUUCGUUUUUGUACGUUUAUGAGUUAACAGUAUGUUUCUUGAGGUUAUGCAUGUAAUCAGUCAUCCCGUUUGUAAUUGUUCAAAUUAACCUUACGUAAAACAAUUGGACGAAGGGUAGUCACGUCUGUCGUAUGUAUUUGUUCAAUGUUUCUUUGUACUCGGUUAAUGAUGCUAUGAACAUUAAUCGGACAUAACUGCUAAGAGAGUCAGCCAGAAAAGUUCAUCUGCGUUGUGAUUCUGCAGUGCAUUUGACAAAAGCCGUCAACAGGAAAUCCCGAACGAUCUGUCCUGAGUGAAUAAAUAUUAAAACUCCCCAGCCAUGGACAGAUAAUCCGUGAUUCCGAGUUGGAAGUAUUUUAUUAUAUAUUGCCCACAGAUUCUUUCCAUAAAUAUAGCUCUGGUCUCAAGACAUCAACUCAGUCAAUAUAUUACUGUAAAGACUUCUUCUUUAUCUUCAAUUAUUUGAAACCGUAGACUAAAUGACGUCACGGAAACUCCAUAGUAUUGAACAACUGGACAUCAUUCCGAUGCCUGAAAUCAAAUACACAUCGUCAGUGCAAAAGAUUACCCAGUCUUGAUUAUCCUGAGAAACAAAUCCCGUUUGGUUUAUAGGGAAAGUUAGCUGUGAAAGUUACAUGAAUGAAUUACUGAAAAUCAAUGAUGACACCAGGCUAGAUUACUAACAAUAGGGUUCAAGAUAUACCCACCUUAGCUGUGGGUAAUAAACUGCCUGGACAUCGACGGUCGAUGGUAAUGAUAAACAAGAAAUAAUGUGGAUGUAUUUGAUACUAGGCUUAUCAUCGCUGUGUGUUGGAAUUCAGUGUGUCGAGGACUGUUUUCAUUCUAAUAUAGUUUUGAUAAUGUUUCUGAUUUUGGAUCAGAUAGAAUGUUCAACUGUAUUCUUUGUUUUAGCAGUAACUAUAAUCUGACACACCGUAUGGGCAGUCUCCAGACGUCUUACAUCAAUGAUUUGCAGAAAUUGUAUAUAUUAGACAGAUUAUAUCAGCAUGUAUCACCUAGAAUGUAUUACCUGGAAGGCAACAUUAAACAAUCAGUGCGUUACACACCCUGCGAUACUAAUACAUAUGUUUUUGUACGCUAACCCAUGUCCUAUUUCAUAUCUUUUGCUUUAUAAUGAGAAGAUUUCACUGCACUAAGAAAUACAUUAUUCAGCAAUAACGAAAUAAAAAAAAUGGAUUGCAAUACUUUACACCAGCGUAUACCCGGAACAGUUGUCAUCUCAUUGUCCUUCUCUUUAAAAAUACAUUGAGAUGCUGAGAGUUAAGACGACAAAAAUACAAAUUUCCAACAAAUUUAGGUUUCGUAUGUGAUUUAAAUAAACGACUUCAUUUUUAAAAAAGCACCAAGCUUUCCAUCCGGGACACUCGACAAUCGAUAAUAUUUUGACGCUGUAGUCUUUAUGCUCAAAAUAUUGAUGCAAAUCCAUAGGCCACAUUUGGGUCUCCUUUGUAGAUUUUGAAGAAGGCUUUCAAGAACAUGCUGUCUAGCUAAUACAUGGCUGACUUGCUGUAUAACAUAAUGUCCUUAAAUGUAUGCAGUUGGAUGUUAAGGUUUAUGUAAAACUUUGGUCGAACCAAGUUUUCCUACAAGCACUGCGAUAUAUACGUCCUCAUUACUGACGCUCCUGUUUCAUAUCAAUAUGCAUUCUAUUACCGAUUAUCAUGGUGCUUACAUGAAUGCUUGCAAAGUGGAAAUCAUUUUUAUCCAUGAUGUGUUCAAUAAUAGGAUCCUGUGUCCAAGAUGUCGUAGAACGGCUGGAGAGCUUAGUUGUUGAAACUUGUCCCCGCAGUGAUAUUGCUGGAAUUUUGCAAAAGGCGGCAUUAAAACUCGCUGACUUACAUAGAUUGUCUUUUACAUGGAAACCUUGUGCCUCGUGCUAUGAAUAAAUAUUUUUUCGAGCUUG